AUGAUACGCAAAAGCACCUUGUUACCGAGACCGAUGACACUAGUACGCAUAAGAAUGUUGAAGACGGAAGCGAAGAGAACCCGCAAAAUCAUCUCGUUACGGAACUGGGCGGCGACACUAGUACGCAUAACGGUAUUGAAGACGGAACAGAAGGGAACGCACAAAGUCAUCACGUUACGGAAUCGGGUGACGCUAGUGCUCACAUGGAUGCUGAAGACGGAGGUAUGGAAAUUGACGGAGAAAAAGCAAUGA